CUCGCAGGGGAGCCGGGUGCCCCUCCAGCCCCGCCGCCUCGCUUCCCCCAGCCUCUGUGCUUCCCUGUCACCGGGCGCACAGCACGGGCUCCGCGUCGCGUACAAAGGGCCAUUGAUGGCGCGUCUGUGUGAAUCGGUCACAGCCAACUUCGGGGGGACCCGCUGCCCCCAUCCCACAAUACACCCCAGUGUGCUGGGCUGUUUAUGAAAGGUCAGAAAUGAACUGAGAAAUGGGCUCAAGUCAAAAACAUGUAGCCCUAUAAAUAUCGGAGUCGGACGGCUCCAUCCACUUUCCUGUCCCUCCACCUCGUCUAUCUCUCGGCUCCUGCCGAGCGAGGGUCCCCCGGCACCCCAGACGGGAGCCCUACAAAGGGCCGAAGGAGGCCAAAUCCUUCACCUGGCCGCCCCCUUGGGCCGAGUCUGUUUCUGCAUCUCCGGAACCCUGGGUUUUGGGGGCGGCACCCUUGAGGCUCUCUGGCUGCCCGGCUAGGGGAGGGCACGGGAUGUGCCGAUUCAUUCCAGGGCGUCCCGCCUGCCGUUAGUGGCGGCCCUGCCUGCUGACUCCAUUCGUGUUCUCCGAGCUCAGACGUGCCUGCGGGGUGGGGUGCUGAGGACACGGGGACCGGGGGUCCGGCGAGCAAGCCAGGCUGCGGGAUGACCUUAGCGGCCAAACUGGAGGACUUUGAGGCGACGCUGGAGCAUCUGCUGAUGGACGUGUUUAUGACGGAGGGUCGUCGCUGUCAAGUCCAUCUUCUCGAUGACCGGAAGCUGGAGCUCCUAGUACAGCCCAAGCUUUUGGCCAAGGAGCUGCUUGACCUCGUGGCAUCUCACUUCAACCUGAAGGAAAAAGAAUACUUUGGAAUCGCCUUCACGGACGAGACCGGACACCUGAACUGGCUGCAGCUAGACCGGAGGGUGCUGGAACACGAUUUCCCCAAGAAGUCCGGGCCCGUGGUCCUGUUCUUCUGCGUCAGGUUCUAUAUAGAGAGCAUCUCCUACCUGAAGGACAACGCCACCAUCGAGCUCUUCUUUCUGAACGCCAAGUCCUGCAUCUACAAGGAGCUCAUCGACGUGGACAGUGACGUGGUGUUCGAGCUGGCCUCCUAUAUCCUACAGGAAGCAAAAGGGGAUUUUUCUAGCAAUGAAGGCGUGAGGAGUGACCUGAAGAAGCUGCCCGCCCUGCCCACUCAGGUCCUGAAGGAGCACCCUUCCCUCGCUUACUGUGAGGACCGGGUCAUCGAGCAUUACAAGAAGCUGAUCGGCCAGACCCGCGGUCAAGCAAUUGUCAACUACAUGAGUGUGGUGGAGUCUCUCCCUACCUACGGGGUGCACUACUACGCCGUGAAGGACAAGCAGGGGAUUCCCUGGUGGCUGGGCCUGAGCUACAAAGGCAUCUUCCAGUACGACCACCACGACAAAGUGAAGCCCCGGAAGAUCUUCCAAUGGAGACAGCUGGAGAACCUGUAUUUCAGAGAGAAGAAGUUUUCCGUGGAGGUGCAUGACCCACGCCGGGCCUCGGUGACCAGGAGGACGUUCGGGCACAGCGGCAUCGCGGUGCACACGUGGUACGCGUGUCCGGCCCUCAUCAAGUCCAUCUGGGCCAUGGCCAUCAGCCAGCACCAGUUCUAUCUGGACAGGAAGCAAAGUAAGUCCAAGAUCCACGCGGCGCGGAGCCUGAGCGAGAUCGCCAUCGACCUCACCGAGACGGGCACGCUGAAGACGUCCAAGCUGGCCAACAUGGGCAGCAAAGGCAAGAUCAUCAGCGGCAGCAGCGGGAGCCUCCUGUCCUCGGGUUCUCAGGAGUCUGACAGCUCCCAGUCGGCCAAGAAGGACAUGCUGGCCGCCCUCAAGUCCCGGCAGGAGGCGCUGGAGGAGACACUGCGCCAGCGGCUGGAGGAGCUGAAGAAACUCUGCCUGCGGGAAGCGGAGCUGACGGGCAAGCUGCCCAUCGAGUACCCCCUGGACCCGGGGGAGGAGCCGCCCAUCGUCCGGAGGAGAAUAGGGACGGCCUUCAAGCUGGACGAGCACAAAGUGCUGCCCAAGGGCGAGGAGGCCGAGCUGGAGCGCCUGGAGCGGGAGUUCGCCAUCCAGUCCCAGAUCACCGAGGCCGCGCGCCGCCUCGCCAGCGACCCCAACGUCAGCAAGAAGCUGAAGAAGCAGCGGAAGACGUCCUACCUGAACGCGCUGAAGAAGCUGCAGGAGAUCGAGAACGCCAUCAACGAGAACCGCGUCAAGGCCGGCAAGAAGCCCACGCAGAGGGCCUCGCUCAUCAUCGAGGACGGGAACAUCGCCAGUGAAGACAGCUCGCUGUCCGACGCCCUUGCCCUGGACGAUGAUGACCCUCAUGUCAUCAGCACACUGUCCCCCUUACAGUCUCCACACAAGGGCCUCCCGCCUCGGCCGCCGUCACACAGCAGGCCGCCCCCGCCGCAGUCCCUGGAGGGGCUCCGGCAGACGCCCUGCCACCGCAGCAACUACGACAAGUCCCCCAUAAAGCCCAAAAUGUGGAGCGAGUCCUCGCUGGACGAGCCGUACGAGAAGGUCAAGAAACGCUCCUCCUACGGCCACUCCAGCGGCCACAAGCGUUUCCCCAGCACGGGCAGCUGUGCCGAGGCCGGCGUGGGGAGCAGCUGCCUGCAGUCCAGCCCUGUCCGCGGCCUCUCGCAGUGGAACUCGCAGUCCAGCGUGCCGUCCACCCCCGACCUGCGGGUGCGGAGUCCACACUACGUCCGUUCCACCAGGUCGGUGGACAUCAGCCCCACGCGGCUGCACAGCCUCGCCCUGCACUUCCGGCACCGCAGCUCCAGCCUGGAGUCGCAGGGCAAGCUCCUGGGCUCGGAGAACGACACGGGCAGCCCCGACUUCUACACCCCGCGGACUCGUAGCAGCAACGGCUCGGACCCCAUGGACGACUGCUCGUCGUGCACCAGCCACUCGAGCUCCGAGCACUACUACCCGGCGCAGCUGCACGCGCACUACUCCACGCUGGCCGAGGACUCGCCGUCCAAGGCGCGCGCGCGGCAGCGGGGGCGCGCGGCGGGCGCGCUGGGCAGCGCCAACUCGGGCAGCAUGCCCAACCUGGCGGCGCGCGGGGGCCCGGCGCCCGGCGUCUACCUGCACAGCCAGAGCCAGCCCAGCUCGCAGUACCGCAUCAAGGAGUACCCGCUGUACGUGGACGGCGGCGCCACGCCCGUGGUGGUGCGCAGCCUGGAGAGCGACCAGGAGGGCCACUACAGCGUCAAGGCGCAGUUCAAGACGUCCAGCUCGUACACGGCGGGCGGCCUGUUCCGCGAGGCCGACGCGGGCCGCCUGACGCCGUCGCGCUCGCAGAUCCUGCGGACUCCGUCGCUGGGCCGCGACGCGGGCGCGCCCGACAAGGGCCCGGGCCGCGCCGCCGUGUCCGACGAGCUGCGCCAGUGGUACCAGCGCUCGGCCGCCGCGCAGCGCGAGCACGGCCGCCUGUCGCACACCAGCUCCACGUCGUCCGACAGCGGCUCCCAGCACAGCUCCUCGUCCCAGAGCACCUUCGUGGCGCACAGCAGGGUCACCCGGCUGCCCCAGAUGUGCAAGGCCACGUCCGCAGCUGCCUUACCUCAAAGCCAGAGAAGCUCCACGCCGUCCAGCGACAUCGGAGUGACGCCCCCCAGCAGCCCCCACCACAUCCUGGCCUGGCAGACGGGGAGCUACAGCGACUGCUGCUUCCUGGACUCCUCCGUCCCUCCAGAUCUCGCCGAUGUCCAGUGGUACGGGCAGGAGAAAGCCAAGCCCGGGACGCUGGUGUGAGCCCCGGCCUCCACUGCCUCUCAUCUGCCUUACCCCGACGCACCGCCUCCCGCGCCAGCUUCAGCCCUCAGCACUUUCCUCCCGUCUCCGCACCCCCGCCCCCUGACUGAGGAGACGUUCUGGAAGGUUCCGGUCCCACUGUGUGUCCCCUGCUCUCUCGCCCACGGAGGGCCGGGGAUUAAUCCUCAAUGCCCCUGGGCGGCUUCCCCGGCCGUGGCAGCCCUCAGGGAAGCUGGCGUGGGCGUCCCACGGGGACUUGACCUUAGCCCACACGAGCAAAGGGGCAACUCACGUCGGUCACACGUGGAGUGACCUGGAAGGACGCGAGGCUGGGGCCAGCCCGGCACUCGGGGAAGGGGACCCCUCUCGGGCCGAGGGGAGAAGGGAAGGGGCGAGCAGGGGAAGCGUCACAGCGCCCGGCGCAUUGAGGAGCAUGGGUCAGUUCUACGCUGCCAAAGAUUAAAAAACAAAGAAAACACAAACACGAGGCAAGGGGCCGAGGAAAGACAAUCUGCCCUGAAACUUCAAGCCACUCCGCGCUGCGAGCCCAGCUGUGAGGCCCCCCCGCCCCACCCCCCCACCCCGGCCUCAGGAGCGCGGCCAGGAUGCCGCGUGGGCCCUGGACGAGGAUGUCCACGGGCACGUCCCAGGGAGGCUGGGGUGGCAACUGCCCCAUGGGACUCUCCCCCUCAACCAACCAGUAAAAAUGUGUACCCCAUUUUUUGGGGGGGCACAAGCUGUUUCAUUUCUUGUUAAUGGGAAACCAGGGGGGAAAAAAGCACACCACGACCCACUCAAGUGUCUGUCCCCGUUGUGGCUCAUUCUGUGUCUGUCACCCGUGACCGAGAGCUCAGCUGUGACAAGGUGUCGCCGACUCGGAGCACCGGCUGUGCCUGCGGCCGAGGCACGGACUCGCGCCUCCCGGGCGUCCCCGCGUGUUUACAGUGUGCCCGCGCCGUGCGA